ACCAAUGUGAAUAUUCACUCACACUGAUUCUGGAUAAGAUGAAUACAUUGUAGGAUAUAUAGAAUAUAAACAAAAUGCAACUAUCCUAAAGAGAUUUAUUAUCAAUAAUGUUGCCUUGCUGAAGGUACAAAAGGCCAAUUGUUGCAUAAAAAGCCAGGUUUGUAUAACAAAGGAAUAUGUGAAAGUGACGCCAGGGAUUUGUAAGAACUAGCUAGACUCAAACAUCAAGUGAAAUAUGGGUAUUGAGACUUCGGUGUUGUGAACAAUACUACAACAAAUGCAAAAACAACAACUGGCACAUUGUUAUUAAAAUGUUUUUAUAACAAAGAACUAAGGAUUUGUAAAAACUAACUACAUGUAUACUGAAGCCUCAAGUGAAAUGUGGUUACUGAAACUUCGGUGUUGUGAACAAUACUUCUACAACAACAACUGAUAUACUGUUAAUGAAAUGUUGCUUUAUAACAUUUUAGACAUUGAUGUAAAAGAGACGCCAUGGAAUUAAGCAUUUGAAACGACUAACUUUAUCUAUCCUUAAGCCUCGAGUGAAAUAUGGUUAUUGAAACUUCCAUGUUAUGAGCAAUACUACUUCUUCUACAACCCCAGCAGCAACAACAACAGCAACAAUAACUAACAUAUGUUAUUAAAAUGUUUUUAUAACAAAGACGUAUGUGGAAGAAGCGAUAAGGAACUUAGGAUUGGUAACAACUAACUAGACUGAAGCCUUAAUUGAAAAAUGGUUUAAACAUAGGUGUUAUGAACAAUACUACAUAUACUACUACAAUAACAACAACAUCAACAACUGACGCGUUGUUAAAACGUUUUUAUAACAAAAACAUACAUGUGAAAGAUGCGCCAUGAAACUAAACAUUUGUGACAACUAACUACAGUAGACUACGUCGACUCGAGCCUUAAGUGGAAUAUGGUUUUUGAGACUUCGGUGUUAUGAGCAACACUACUACUACUACAACAACAACAACAAUUGACACAUUGUUAUUAAAAUGUCAACCGCCAACUUGGGGAUACGAGCCUACAGUGUUUCAAGUGUUUGGAUAUUCGCUUUCAUUAUUGGCUGUGGUAACCAUCGUAACAAAUCUAGUAGCGAUGAUCUGUAUAUACCGCGCACCAAAGUUAAAGACAUUCACACGCUUGUUUCUUUUUUCUUUAGCCGUUUGUGAUUUUCUAGUUGGUGCAGUAGUGAUGCCGUUCAGAAUAUUUGGUAUGGUCACUAGGAGUUUUGACAGCCUGGGACAUACCUUUUGCUAUAUUGGAAAUAGUGUCGAUGUUUUGUUGUGUUCGUCCUCCAUGUUUCAUAUAACUAUUCUUGCAUUUGACAGAUGCCUCGCCCUCUGUAAACCCUUUAGGCAUGGCUAUAUAUGUAGCCCAGCAAAGGGCAAGUCAGUGUUCAUUCUAAGCUGGCUGAUUUCAGCAGUCAUAUCUUUUGGUUUUAUACUAGCAAAAUUGCACGUAAAAGGAAUUGAGGCUAUUUAUAACUGUGUCUUAUACGUCACUGGAUCGUGUCAACUCGUGUCAAACGUGCCAUACGCGAUAAUGACAACAGCUGUGACAUUUGGCUUGCCAUCUCUGUUCACGAUCGUAUGCAACCAAUUUACCACCAGAGCAAUAGAAAAACGACGGAAAAUUUUCGACCGUCUCGUAAAUAUAAACACGAGGAAAGGGAGUUUGAAUCGACGCCAUAUUGGUACGAAGCUUGCUCGGACUAUUUUGCUUAUGUCAUUAAGUUUUCUUGCGUGUUGGUCCCCGUUCUUCGUCAUUCACAUAACUGAUCCAUUGACUAACUACCGGGUACCACAAUAUGUGUGGACAUUGGUCACUUGGACGGGAUAUGCAAAUUCUCUGUUAAAUCCUAUUCUGUACUUAAAAGCUACAUCUUUUAUAAUGUUUCGUUGA